GCCAAAUGGAGACAAGCCGGCAAAGACUGUCAACAGCUAUGUUAGCUAGCUGUGACCAAUGUUAUGAAACGUUAGUCCUGGUUUUGGUGUAAAUUAACUGUCUAAAUGCGUUUAGCUAGUUAUUUCAACUGUAUGUAUCGCUUGGAGAGGCCUGAUUUUGAGGAGAAAGGCAACGAUCUGAAGCACGCCUCGUACGGAUUUCUUUCACAAAUGUUUGACAGUGUUCUAUACCAAGACUUUCAGUCGUUAAACUGCCAGAUUUCUGCAAACACCAGAGGGUAUUUUCCAAUGUCACAACACGACUCCGAGAAUGACAUAUGGGAGUACAAAUCUCUCCGAAAAAUAAAAAAAUCAAAUACCCACACAUCCAAUAAACAAAACGCGAAAGAACACAAGACGCAGAGGAAACCCGCUACCGGCGGGCGAUCUGAGAAGAAGCUGAAUGAUCAGAAAUGUAAACAGCAACCAAAGAACAGCAAAACCGGAAAGGCUCAGAACGAAGACGGAGAUGCGGGAGUUGGAGCACCGCCUGAACUGCUUCCCUCCGCUCCCCUGGAUCCCUCCCCAAUCAAAGCCAGUAAUCGACCUGCUUUCCAAAACUCCCAGUUAGAAAAAUCACAUGCUUCCACAGAGGAAUACUGUCCUAGCUGCCAGAUGCCCUUUUCCAUAUUGCUGGUGCAGUCACCGCGCUGGCACGUCUCAGAGUGCCUGGAUACGCUUGGGAAGGACCGCGAAGAAUGCCCAGAUGGUUUGAAGUGUUCCUCCACCAUUCCGAGCCACUACAGGAAGUACAGCCACUUCCUGCUGGCUCACAGCCGAGCGACCAGUGAGGGGCUGGGCCUCAGCCUGGACUUCUUACAGGACAAUUCAUCCAGUGUCUCAGCCCCCUCGAGCCUAAGCCUCUCCCCUAGUGCAGACCAGGGGGGGCCGGCUCGUACCCCAGCCUCGGCUCUCUCCAAUGCACUGCUGCUGCUCAAAUCCCCUGCUCCGCAGGACAUUAAGAAGAAGAAGGGCUGGUCUCCCGUCGUCAAGGGGCGGAAAACUCCAAGCAGGGAGCAGGAGGGCGGGGCCAGUGUCAGCAGUGCAGCCGAGGCGCGUCAGGAAAAUCUGAAGGCAGAGCCCUCCUGGCCCUCCCCGGUCCCGUCCCCCUCUGGCUCUCACUCCAGCAGGAGUGAAAUCUCCUACUCCCCCCUCUCCGCUCACCCCGCAGGUGUAGAGGCACUCCGCGGAGAGGCUGCACCCACCCGGAGAUCUCUGUCGUUUGACGGUGUGGUUGGUAAGGAAGGGAGUGAUGACUCCAUUGCACUGUACAGUGAUGAGGAUCUGAGCGGCGAUGACCUGUUAGAUGAGCUCCUGACCCAGUCGGAGAGUGAGGACAAAGGCCAGGGAGGAAGCCCUUCCUCAGAGGCCCAGGCGACAUCAAUUACCUCGUUAGUGCCCUGUGUUGACGAGCUUAACGAGCACUGUGCAGGUGCUGCAGGGUCAGGUGGAGGUGAGAAAGGAGAGGUGCUCUCCCAGCAGCUGCGGUCUCCGCAGUGUGCGGUGCUGGAACAGCUGCGGAAGCGUUUAUGCAGUGCAGGUGAGAGCAGCGGCUGGGACGUGUGCUCAGGUAGCGCAAAACAGGACCCCACAGCGCGGGAACAGUUGCCAUCGACCACACAGGCCUCUGCUCAGAAACCCCCCAGAGCCAUGGCUCCCCGCAGGCCCCAGGCCUCCGCGGGGCUGAAGCAGACUGACAUCGGGGUAUUCUUCGGCCUGAAGCCGCUGCAGCAGAAGGAGGCCGAGGCGGGGAGCGGCACAGCUAAAGAGAACCCCCCACAGCGCCCCCUGGCUGCCGGGGGUGACGCAGGUGUCCGGGUGAACGGCGGCAGGAGGCAGAGGAAGAGAAAGGCUCCCAGUCGCUCCAGUGAGUCUGAAGUCCUGGGCGUCGAGGGAGAAAGCACUAACCCGACUCCGCAGGAGGAGAAGAGGGGGAGAGGAGGGCGAAGGAGGUGGAGAAGGAGGGAGGAGGAUGGCUCUGAACCACCCAAACGCUGUCCUUUCUACAAAAAGAUCCCAGGUACGCGCUUUGCUGUGGACGCGUUUCAAUACGGCACCAUAGAGGGCGUCAGCGCGUACUUCCUCACCCACUUCCACUCGGAUCACUACAGCGGCCUGAAGAAGAGCUUCAGCCAACCCAUCUACUGCAACAGAAUCACAGGUAACCUGGUGAAGAGCAAGCUGCGUGUGGAGGAGCAGUACAUCCACAUCCUGCCCAUGAACACCGAGUGCACUGUGGAGGGAGUCAGAGUCGUCCUGCUGGACGCCAACCACUGCCCCGGGGCCGCCAUGCUGCUCUUCCUGCUGCCCGGGGGCCAGACGGUUUUGCACACGGGAGACUUCCGCGCCGACCCGUCCAUGGAGCGCUUCCCAGAACUGCUGGGCCACAGAGUGCACACGCUGUACCUGGACACCACGUACUGCAGUCCUGAGUACUCCUUCCCCUCCCAGCAGCAAGUCAUCACCUUCGCCGUCAACACGGCCUUCGAGCGUGUGGCCCUCAACCCCCGCACGCUGGUGGUGUGCGGCACCUACGCGGUGGGGAAGGAGAAGGUGUUCCUGGCUCUAGCAGAGGUUCUGGGAUGCAGGAUCAGCAUGUCCCGGGACAAGUUUAACACCAUGUGCUGCCUGGAGUCAGACCGGAUCCGCCAGCUCAUCACCACUGAUUGGAACGCUGCCCAGAUCCACCUCCUACCCAUGAUGCAACUCAACUUCAGGAGUCUGCAGGCUCACCUGAGGAAGUUCUCUGCCACAUACGACCAGAUUCUGGCCUUCAGGCCCACGGGCUGGACAUUCAACAGCCAGGCUGGAGGUGUGGAGGACCUCCAGCCAGAGGUUCAAGGGAACAUCAGCAUCUAUGGCAUCCCCUACAGCGAGCACAGCAGCUACCUGGAGAUGAAGCGCUUCGUGCAGUGGCUGCGGCCGCUGAAGAUCAUCCCCACGGUCAAUGUGGGCAGCUGGAGCAGCAGGAAGGCCAUGGAGCGCAUCUUCAGCGAGUGGGACGCCGAGGCCAGGGGCGGGGGCGCCGAAAAGCCCGCAGGGAGGAGCUGAAACCCCCCGCCAACCUCCACCCCCCCCCAGCCACCCACCUGUGCCGCACUGCCUCCUGCUCAGAACGGCCGACGCAGUAGGCUCUGCACU